AUGACAGCCAACAAUGUCCCUCAAUUCAUAUUCCCCACCCUGUCCAUGGACGCGGCCGCAGUUGACAACAACAAUGUGGAUGACUAUAUAAUGGACAACAUCGGUUUUGGACCAAGCGUUCCCAUAGAGCACGACCAAGUCGAUGAGAAAGACCUUGACUCGGAACACGGUUCCCUGGAAUCGGAAUGGAUACCUCUUCCCUCUCAACGGGGGAGCGAGAAGGGGGACAACGGGACCGGAGAAAACAAUGACGAGGAGACUAACUCUCUCAAGUCUAAGCGGAGUUCUGGCAGCUCCUCCUACGAUCAUAUCGAUGAGGAGGAUUUCUCUGCGGGCGGUGUUGCUCUUUUACAUCUGAAGGACACAACAGCCGCGAACCUGAUGAGCAUUCUCGUGGAUCGGCUGGUGAAGACGAGCCACCAGGUUUCAGAAGCCCGCCAAUAUAUCCUGUCCCGGCGCGAAGAUUUGUUCGAAAGCUCGGAGGCGGACUUCCACGAUUUCGCGGUAGUCAAUGAUCAGCUCUCUAUGCACAGUAGCAACGGCAUGGCCCAUCUCCAGAAUCAGUCCGCGAAGCUGCUACAGGCUCUGGAGCUUGUCCGGGAAGCUGCCAGGCAGCAAAAGAAUAAAUUUUCAUCGGUGUCAAGCAAGGUCGUUGCCAGGCAUCGAGGUUCUAUCCGGACUUGCACCACAAAGACCUUGGAGAAUAUCACGGAGGUCUUAAACCUGUUCGAAACUCGCCUCGGCCAGAAAAAUGAUAAGUCGACAAGGGUGGAGAUUGAGAAGACAAUAGUCCUCCUUAGGAAAGUAUGUGACCGGGUAAACGAGGCGCUGGAGUUCCUGCAAAACAUCAAGCGGCAAGUCAACUCUCCCAUCGAGGCACAACCGGAGCCAGAGACUUCCUCAGAUUUUUGGAAAGAAGACUCGGACCUAUCUCCAGGGAUAGAGAAUGAAACUUUCUUGUCGGACAGCGACGAAGGUUUGCCAGGGCGCCCUGGAUAUGUACCGAAAGCCCCCAUACAUUCUUCCUUGAAGGUUGAGCUGAGAGAUCGUGCGGCCGGCAACGUACCCCUCCAGGCUGUGGUCCCAGACUCUGUCUCUGAAGAACGUCGUCAGAUGCAAGGAAACUUGGUUUCACCGAGCGAACCCGGUGAAUCUCUUGAGCCUGAAGCUUUGAUAGGGCCUGCUGAAGGACUCGCAUUUCCGCAUGAAUCGCAAAGAAAUCAUCCUUAUGAAGACGAACUCGAUGAUGGCACGGACUCGGAUCGUAGUAGUGAUGAUGAGCCUAUACUUAGUGGGUCGAGGUAUUCAUUUCAGGCGCGCUCACGAAAUACCCGUCGGCUGUUUCACACGGAAGAGCCAGAUAUAGACCUGGAAGAAGAAAACAACGUAGGGAGACAAGCACUGGUGUUGCCAGGACAAGUUGAGCUUCCGCAGGAUGAAAUCAAGCCUACAAAUACACUUGAAGAUAUCCCCGAGGAAGACGGGAAGCAGACGGAUACGCAUGAAGGCGGCCAAACCCAAGAGGAGGCACCUUUGUCCGAGGGCGAAUUGAAUCCCGAACAGACAGUCCUGGCCCCAACCAGUAGCAAUGGAGGCAGUCCCAGGGAAGCUAGGUCGGAGACAGGUGCGCAGACUGGCAACGAGAUAGUGCAGGAAGAGACACCGGUGUCAACUGGACAGCCUCAUACCUUGGAAUUAACUACUAGUCUCGGAGAUAUCCCAGAAGCAGCGGCUACUGCUCAAGAAGUAGCCCAACCGGAUACGCUCCAGAAUGAGGAAGAAGUACAACUCGAUACCGAAGCGAUCGUGAGAGCCUUCCUCUUGGGAGACACACCGGCACCAUCGCACACGACUCGGGGGGGAGAGAGCCCGACAUAUCCGCGCAUGGGAAGCUCCGCAAGAUGCCCCAAGAUCCCCAAGAAUUGUCGUUGGAUACUAGCCAUGGCAUGCCUCGCUGGGCUCGGGCUCUACUACUCCAGCCAACCUAAUGCUCUACCUAAUGAGCAGGGCUCGACGAAUGAUCCCACAGGUGUCGGGUUCUGGACGAGGGCGCCGUCGCGUGGCCGAGUAAAUGAACGCAUCCCUGCGUACUGCAGGAAGUGUAACCAUGAAAGCUUUCAGGAAGCCUUGGAGCAACGAGAGAGAUGCGGCCACCGUUUCGCGGUCUGCAGUCCGUCGUUCUUGGGCCUCAUCUUCAGAGUGGACACUGAUUUGGGUUGGUGGGCAGUGGUCACAUAUAUGCUUAGAUUGUAG